AUGGGCCUAUUAAUCAGUAGAUUAUUUAAUCGGCUCUUCCAAAAAAAGGAUGUUAGAAUUUUAAUGGUGGGUUUAGAUGCAGCAGGAAAAACAACCAUUCUUUAUAAAGUCAAAUUGGGUGAAGUAGUUACAACCAUUCCUACCAUUGGUUUCAAUGUCGAGACAGUCGAAUUUCGCAAUAUAUCCUUCACAGUUUGGGAUGUAGGAGGACAAGAUAAGAUAAGACCAUUAUGGAGGCAUUAUUAUUCUAAUACAGAUGGGCUAAUUUUUGUUGUGGAUAGCAAUGACCGGGAGAGAAUUGACGAUGCGCGAGAAGAGUUGCAUAGAAUGAUAAACGAGGAAGAACUAAAAGAUGCCAUAAUCCUAGUAUUUGCAAAUAAGCAAGAUUUGCCGAAUGCCAUGUCUGCAGCAGAAGUGACAGAAAAACUUCACCUGAAUACCAUCCGGGAGAGAAACUGGUUCAUUCAGUCGACGUGUGCAACCAGAGGUGAUGGACUUUAUGAAGGAUUUGAUUGGCUUACAACUCAUUUAAACAAUUCGAAAUGA